AAAUUUAUAGACAAAUGUAAUCCAAUUCUAAUUAGAACAUCAGUGGUAUUUCCAAAUUGGGAAAAGCCACAAUGAGGUCGCUCAGCGUUUUUGCUCUUACUUUAACAAUAACUUUGGCAUUAUUAUGUGUUAAUGCUGCUCCUAAACCCGGCUUAUUACAAAAUGUUGCACAUGGAAUUGGAGGUGCUGUGAAAGGAGUUGGCAACACACUUGGUCUAAACAAAGUAUUUAACAAAAAAGUACAGAAAAUAGCUAAAAAAGAAGUCCAAAAGGUAUUACAUGCAUUAAACAUCAACAUCAGCGACAAAACUAUAGAUGCAAUUUUCGAUCCAGUAAUAAAAUUAUUGAGUCAAUUAACGGAUGAACAAUUGGCAGACAUUACAAAAGUAGCAAAAGCCGUUCUCAAAUUUUUAAAAGAAAAUAAUAUUUCUAUAUCAUUGGAAGACAUUAAAAAAUACAUGGAUAUAUUGGCCAAAGCUUUGUCAAAUAUUGAAACCGCUAUUAAAAGCGAAUCUCUGAAAGCAGCCCAACAGUCAAAUAAUGCAAUCGAUAUUACAAGCGAAUCUCCCAAAGCAGUUGAGCAGAUUGAGUAGAUCUUUAAUUACUAUGAAUAGUUAUAUGGUUACGUAUUACUGACUUAAAUUAAUUGAAAAAAUUGUAAUUACUAAAUAAUAAAAAUA